AUGACAGAUACUGUCGAUAUUCCCGUUCAAGAAUUCUACGAAGCCAUCGUUGUUGGCGGAGGUACUUGUGGCCUAGCCAUGACCUCCAGACUCUGUGAAGAGUGUCCAGGCUCCAUUUAUACCGAAGAUGAGCACCAGAGGUUUCACUGGCUCAAGCAACGGGGCAACAGGGUUAAUCUAAUCAAUCACAAUGUUUCGUCUAAAACAAAAUACAAGCCAGUUCCUGGCUCGCGACUCUAUAAACCCAAAAAAAAGUUUGAACCAGAGGAAAUAUUGGUGCUUGAUGCUGUUUCCGAUUCCUUCAUGGGCCAAUGGAACAACCAGUUCGGGGCGUGUCAGAUCCCUUACCUAAGGUCGCCAAUGUUUUUCCAUCCAGAUCCAGUCAACGUCGAUGGGUUGGUCAGCUAUGCUCAUUUGGCCAAGAGAGAAUCCAGUGCAGACUUGAUGGAAAUUAAAAACGUGGUUGGACGAGAGUACUCGAAACAUCAGCUCAAAAAGUUAGCCAAAAAGAACUCCAUGAAGUCUAAGGCCCCUGUUCCGAGCAACAUAGAGGGACCUAAUGCUCGCAACCAUGAUAAGCCAGGCAUUAUAGAUAUCAAUAUGAGAGAUUGGAAGGACUUUUACCGUCCUUCCACUCCAUUGUUCAAGGACUUCUGCGAGGAUAUCAUUAACAGGUAUGGACUCCACAACAACGUGCAAAAGGACGAGGUUAUCUCCAUCGAAUACAAGUACAUCAAUGUUGUUGGUGGAGAAACUGGAAGUUUUGGCCAGGGUUUUGUUGUCCGUACCGCUAGUGGUCGCACUUUUGGGUGCAAAAUUUGCAUUGUAUCAAGUGGCCAUAGAGGCGUUAUCAACUACCCAAUCAAACCGUUUGAUGAUCCACACUUCCCGGAGGGUAGUUGUCAUACCACCCAUUUGUUCACAGGUAAAGUUAACUUUCUUGGACAAGAAUUGAUGAACAAACCCAGAAAAUCAAAAUCAAGAAGUAUUGUUAUUGUUGGAGGAGGGUUGACCUCCGCCCAGUUGGCCCAUGUGGCUGCCAAUGCUGGGAUUGAAAAUAUUUAUCUUCUUUUCAGAGGGCCCAUCAAAAUUAAGCAUUUUGAUUUUCACUUGGACUGGGUCACAAAAUAUAAAAACGUCAAAAAGUCAGCAUUCUACAUCAAGGAUACAGAUGAGGAAAGGUUCCAAAUGAUCCAAGACGCUCGUGAAGGAGGUUCUAUUAACCCCGAAUACUACAAAAAGACCAUGAAGCACGUAAAGGAUGGAAGGCUCAAUUUUAUGAAAUACACCACUAUUGAGAGCCAGGUCUGGGAUUCCGAAACGAAAACCUGGAAUCUCAAAUUGAAGACAAAGGUCGAGUCGAAGAACUCAAACACUGAUACAGACACUUUUGAGGAGUUGGAGUUGGAGAAUGUUGACUAUAUUUACUUUGCCACUGGAAUCCAGCAGAAUAUCGAAUCUUUGGAAUUCAUGCAACCAAUUAUAAAAGAACACAGAAUACCAAUUGUUAGAGGCUUCCCAUGCUUGACUGAUGACCUCCAGUGGAACGAUAAAAUUCCUCUCUUCAUGAUAGGCAAGAAUGCUUCACUUAGAAUGGGCCCAUCUUCAGCAAAUUUGGAUGGUGCAAGACUAGGAGCAGAAAGAGUAGGAUGGUUUGUCCAGUCUGAACUCAGCCUGGGGACAUAUGAUUGGAAAACUAGUCAGAAGGGUGAUUGCCAGUUCUGCGACCACGAAAUCACUACCAGGUCUAACUCUUUGGAUGAUUUGGAUGCAAAGCUUGAUAAGCUUGACAUUGAUAGUGGUGCAAGUCUGGAAGACGAUGAGCUGGAUUCUGGGUCUGUUAAUUUUGAGGCCAAGGACAACAGAAAGAAGAAUACUUCGUUUGAAACAAGAUUACUCUUAGCAAGUGGCCAGUUGAACUGGUUUGAUCUACUCGGUGAUGAAUGA